AGUGCCGGCAAGUGGGGCACGACGAGUGAGCGCUCAGCCACUUGUCGAUGCAUCGGACAUGGAACCCGUGGUGGCAUUUGGGCAGGAGCCGGACCCGUUCUCCAGGGACGAACUCCGACAAGCAUAUCACGCACUCAGUGUCGAGCCCUGGCAACUUCAGCUCUGAUGAGUAG